AUGAGCUUGUACAGGUACACAAGACCCGUGGACGGUACCAUACCCGUUCCUGCUCUCCUCUAUGACGAUGAGGACAAUUUAUCAAGUCAGGAAGGCGUUGGGAUCUACGAGGGUACACAGAAGUCGGCCGAUCGUCAGAACGGCACUGUGUUCGUGACGACUCAUCGUCUAUUCUACAUCGAUGCGGCGAAACCCCUCGUCUGCUCGUUCGCCCUGGACUUGUCGUAUAUAUCACAGACCGAAUAUUACGCAGGUCUGUUCACAUCUUCCUCAAAGGUCACCCUGCACCUCGCACAGGCAUUAUCGUCGCCAUCGAGCGCCGUAAGCGACGAUCCCGCGGGCGAAAGUUGGACAUGCGAAGUCUGCAACUUCCGCAACCCGCCAGGCUUGAGCCCCACUGCGGCAGUCUGCUCUCUAUGCGGCGUUCCCCGCGCCAAGUCGGGCCCAAAUAGCGCCGCGCCGCGCCCGUCCUCCACUUUGGCUGUCGCGCAGCCCGCGUCUGUUUCGAUGCCGGCCUCGCUCGCUCCCACACCCGUGCCAAGCGAGAUUCCCUGUCCCGCUUGCACAUUUUUGAACCACCCGUCGCUCCACGAAUGCGAGAUAUGUGGCACGCAACUCCCGCGGGCGCCUCCGGUGCUCAAGUCUGCGCCGGCAUCGCGCCCGAUGUCGCCGCUCCCAGACGAGGCGGAAAGCAGGGUCAUGAAGCUGAGUUUUCGCAGAGGUGGUGACAAGGCGCUGUACGCGGUGUUGAAACGAAGUCUGCUUGGUAAAGCAUGGGAGGUCCGUUUCCUUAACGAAUCGCGUGCAGUCGGUCACUCGGCAGAUGCUGAUUUUGCUCCGAUGACAGGCGAAAGAUGGCAUGGCCUCCUUCGUACCGUCGAGACUUCGGCGCAGACGCGCCAGACGGGCAUGGACGACGCGCUGAAGGACCUGGAGGCUCUGAUGAUCAAGGCGCGGGACAUGGUGCGUCUCGCGGGUGAGCUCAACGAACGGCUCACGGCGUCCUCGUCUCUCGCCUCGAACCCAUAUGGGUCUCCGUCCGACGGUGCCUCGGCCGCGUCCUCGUUUUUAUCGAGCUCUGCCCUCGUGCCCUCCACGGAGCCUGAGGAGGCCACGUUUGUGCGAUCCUCCCUCGUCCAGCUCGGCCUCCAGAUGCAGAACACGCCCGUGACGCUGGACAUGAUCCGCGACGAAAAGCGCUGGCACGAAGAACUCGCACGCGAGCUGGCCGGCGUGCUCCAGGGCACGGGAGGAAAGAGCGGCAUCGGGCUCAUGCGCGACCGAGGUAUCAUCGGCCUUGACGAAGUCUGGGGCGGCUGGAACCGCGCGCGGGGAAUCGCGCUCGUCCCCCCGUCGACGUUCCUGCAGGUCCUUCCGCUCCUGCCGUCGCACACAGCCCCGCCCGUCCGCCUCCGCACAUUCCCCACGACCGGGCUGCGGGUGCUCCACACGCCCGCGUACGCGCCCGGCGCGUUCGCCGCGCGCCUGUGCGAGCUGAUAGCCGCGCGGGGCCCGCGCACGGCGCUCGAGGUCGCCUGGGCGGAAGCCGUUCCGGUCGGGCUCGUGGCGGAGAUGAUCGGCGAGGCGGAGAUGGGGGGCGCGGUGUGUCGCGACGAGGUGCACGCCGCGGGCGGCGUCGGGGACGGCGUCGAGGUGCGGUGGUGGGCGAAUGCGUUCAGGGACUACGUCUGGGACGGCCAGGCGUGAGCUGAGCGCGCGCGGCAGGACGCGGCUGCGGCUGCGGCGACAAACUUGUAGACCCUAGCCCGGAUUCGGACGUUGAUGAAUAUGAUGGAUCACCGUGGCCCAUC